UACGGUGCACCCGUUCAAUACGGUUCAUCGGCUAUGGCCCAAUUUGGCCAGUCGUCGGGCAUCGGCGGCGGCGGCGGCGGUGGCCUUAUCGGUAUUGGUGGCGGCUGUUCGUCAAGCAAAGAGAUGGUCAAACCGCCCUACUCGUAUAUUGCCCUGAUAACAAUGGCCAUACAGGGUACGCCCGAAAAAAAGGUUACCCUCAACGGUAUCUAUCAGUUUAUAAUGGAUAAGUUUCCGUUUUAUCGGGACAACAAACAGGGCUGGCAAAACUCCAUACGCCAUAACCUAUCCCUUAAUGAGUGUUUCAUUAAGAUAGCCCGCGAUGAUAAAAAACCGGGUAAAGGUAGCUAUUGGACACUGGAUCCCGAUUCGUUGAAUAUGUUUGAUAACGGAAGUUAUUUGAGAAGGAGGCGUAGGUUCAAGAAAAAAGAGCCCAACAAUAAUAAGGAUAGUAAUAAUAAUAAUAAUAAUAAAGAUAAUAAUGUGUCGGUCAAUGGUAAAGAUAGGAGACAGCAGCAGCAGAGCACCGGUAUUAAAGAGCACAACCAUAAUGGCAAUAGUAGUCGACAACAACGUUUGACGACAACCACAACGGCCACGACUGACAAUCAUCAGCUCAACAGCAGCAGCAGCAGCAGCGGCGGCUCAAAGACCACGGCUACCAUCGCUGAUGAGGUGUCGACAAUCAAAACAAAUACCAGUGCUAACCAUCAUAAUAAUAAUAAGGGCAGUGCUCGGUGUAGUAGUGGUAGUGGUAGUAGUAGUAGUGGUGGUGGUAUAUCAUCACGAUUGCAAACCACUACUAGUAGUAAUAGUAACUUAUAUAUGCCAUCCACUAAUCAUCAUCGGUCAUCAUCAUCAUCAUCAUCAAUGGGAACUGUCAUAUCAUUAGCCGCCAGCAAUAGCAACAUACCGGUGCUCAACAGCAACAGCAACAAUAGCAUACAGACCAGACUACUCAGUCAAAUCAUCCAUAAUAGCAAUAAUAAUAAUAGUGAUAGUGUUGUUGUUAGCCAUAGCCAACUGAAUGGCUGUCCAUCCAUAAUAGCCAACACCACCACCACUACCAGCAGUAGCCCUAAUCUCAGCGCUGGUAUGCUGUUAUCUCAGCAGCAAAAUAGCUACUGUAAAAAAGAGCCGUUAGAUAAAUGUGAACUAAGCUCAUGUAUGCAAAAUACUAUGAUUCCUUCGUAUCAUCAUUUCAUUGACCUAAAGACCAGUAGUAGUAGUAGUCAUUGUCAUCAACAACAACAACAAUAUCCAUCAUCACUGCUACACUCUGGCAUGACUGGCCUUACAGACAAUGAUACACUUGUGGUGGACUCAAUGGACAAUACUAUUAUCAACAACAACAACCCGUUUACAGUGGACGGCCUAAUGACGGCCUGUCGUAACAAUAGUUUAUUAUUGCGAAACAACUGUCUGUAUAGUAGUUCGUGUUCGCCGCCGAUCGACCAGAUCUCUCAUCUUCAUCAUCAUCAGCAGCACAAUCAUCAUCAAACAUACUGUCCAUCGCCUACUACCGAUAAUCAUUACUCGCCGCCACUACAGCCGCCACCAACGCCAACACUGUCGAUGAUCGGCAGCGGCGUCGGCGGCAGUGGUGUCGUCAUCGAAGACAUCAGCGCUACGGCUAUGAUGAGUACCAUUGGCGGCAAUCUGACAGUCCAGGCCACGGCAACGGCCAGUCUAAGUGGCGGCGGCACCAGUAGCCACUUGGCCGCCGCCGCCGCCUACGAUCUUCACCGUCAGCAACAACAACAACACCAUCAGCACAACCACAACAAUGGCUGGUAUACUACUAGUACUACUACUAAUACAAACAGUUUGUCACCCAAUGAUAAUGAUGUCGAUGAUCCUGACGAUGACGAUGAUGAUGAUUGUGAUACCUGUGCACAACAACAACAAACACAUCAAUUGUACGGCACCGGCACCGGCAGCUCAUGUAUGCGUGAUGUGUACGACCUGUCCACACCUGGCCAGCAAUCGGACACUACUACUACUACUACUACCAGUACUAAUGCUAGCGUAUCGUCGCCGCACUCAUCGGCCUCGGCAGCCGCAGCCGCAGCCGCAGCCGCCGCCGAUGGCUAUCAUCAAUCGUCGACAACAGUUAGUCCGACAACAAUUGUGGUCACUAGCAGUGGUGGUAGUGGUGGGGGUAUGAUGUCGGGUGGUAGCGGAGGACAGGUAGCAUACUAUGCUAAUUGUAGCCGAUUCUAG